UUACCUUAUAUGGUAAGGAGAUGGUAACGUCAACAUCAUUUUCUAAGAAGCGGGCAGUUUCGUUCCUGGUAACGUUAAACUGGAUUGCCACAGAUGUAGUAGAUAAGUGUCCUCAUAUGUUGUGCCUUUUUGCUCGAGGUGUGGAGUACUAUCACACUUCUCUUUACACGUAUACGGAAUUUAUUUAGAUAUCUAUUUCUUCGCCCCCCACUGAGAAAUGGAGGAACCCAGGCGUGGGUCUUAAUAAGGUUUAAAGUUACGCCAUCGGCACGGUUGUUUACUCAAGUUGUUUUUCUACUCGUCCAGAAGAACUGCGCGACCGCACGUCUUAAAACCUACACUCAGCCCAUUCCUGUGCUGACUAUAUAUCUGCUGUCCACUGACCAUGCCGCUGGACACGGUCCUGUGCCUGGACACCUCAGGCUCCAUGAACGGCCGCGGGAUGGCCGAACUGAAGAAGGGAGUCCGACAUUUCCUACUCGGCGUACAAGAAACCGCGAACAAGAUGAGCCUCCGAGAGAACGUGGCCGUGGUAGAGUUUGGUGGAGGAGCCCGCAUCAUCCAACCGCUGUCCGGGAACUACGGGACCGUCAUGCAGUCUGUUGACAACCUAAAAGCAGGAGGGACCACACCCAUGUUCGAAGGUCUCAUGGAGGCGAUGAAGGAAAUUCUGCAGCGCGGUGGCGUGCUGACCCUGCCAGGUGGUCGGAAGAUGACCCCUCGUGUCAUCUUAAUGACAGACGGCUACCCUGACGACAAGGAGAACGUCCUGAAGGCAGCGCUGUCGUUCGGGCCGGCGGGCUGGCAGGCGGUGGGCCUGCCGCAUCCCAUCCCCAUAGCCUGCGUGGGGUGUGGUGAUGACGUGGACAAGGAUCUCCUCCAAGCCAUCGCCAAACUCACCAACGGUAUGUACAUCCUGGGUGACGUCAGUCAGCUGUCCGAGUUCUUCCGAAGACAGGUGCUUCUCAUCCGCUUUGCGGCCCAGUUUGGCCACGACAUGCAGAAGCUGCGAGACAUCAUGGUCCUGCGGCAGUUCAUGGCCAAGAUGGGGGAAAGUGUGGACAGCGAUGAACUGGCCGGUCUGAAGACUCUGCUGCUCGCCAUGCUGCUGAUGGCGGCAGACGACGAUGACGACGACGAUGACAGCGAGCAGCCAAACAUGCCACCAUUCGGGUCACGUGUUCGCCGCGGCAGGGACUGGAAAUGGGGCCCGCAGGACCGUUUUGGUGUCGGGACUGUCGUCAAGCACAGGGGUGAUGUUUAA